AUGCCUUUAGUGAAAGCUGCCUCUCAUCUAUUAUUAUACUCCUUCGCCUUUGGUGGUUCUGCUUUUUAUUCAUAUGUCGCAUCUCCAAUUGCGUUCAAAGUGUUAGCUAGGGAUCAAUUCUCUAUUUUACAAAGUAAAGUAUUCCCUAGUUUUUUUACUAUGCAAGGGAUUUCACCAAUGUUACUUGCUUUGACAGCCCCUAUGCCACUGACUUUGGCGCCAGCAGUCGCCUUAUCUACAGCAUCCGUUAGUGGGUUAAUUAAUUUAUUUUGGUUAUUACCAUGGAAUAGAAAAGUUAAGGAACAAAGGUUAAACCUUAAGAAUAAAUACAAGGAUGAUCCUGAAAAACUAGAAGAAUUAGAUAAACCUUUAAGAAAAGAAUUUGGUAAAUCUCAUGGUAUUAGUCUUUUAUUUAACGUGUCUCAUGUGAUUAGUUUAUUAAUUUACGGUGUUUAUCUUUCUAAAGGUUUUUUACAUUUUGUACCUAAAUGA